CAGAUGUAAACAAACAAAGCAGCUGAGCAGAAACUUGAGAGAGGCUGAACAGUACCUCGUGUUUCUUCAGUUAAAACUACUUUGGUUUCAUCAUGCCAGUGCAGACAGAUGGGCCAGAGGAUUAUAAGGCCAAUUACAAGACCUUAAAGAGGAAAUUGAAACUCCUGAUAUAUGAAAAUGAGUGCUUCCAAGAAGAACUUCGGAAAGCCCAGAGAGCCCUCCUGAGGGUGCGCCGGGACAAGUCCUUUCUCCUCGAUCGCCUCUUGCAGUACCAUCGAGGUCCUGACUCAUCCUCGGACUCUGAGCAGACCGAAGAGUCAGACACAGAAAAUGAUGCCAAGUUGGACACAAAGAGUUGCAGGAAAAGAUUAAGUUUGGAGGGUUCUGGUGGUGGCUCAAACAGCUCCCAGGGCCCCCUUGGAAAGCCGCCCUUGAAGAAGAAAAAGUCCAGCAGCAACUCCAGCAGCAGUAGCAAGUCCAGUAAACAGGGCUCAAAACAAAUUGCUGCAGGGUCAACCAUCACCAGCUCUGGCAGUACAAGUGGCAGCAGUAGCACUAGUGGCCAGGCUACUACCAGUGCAAGCAACAUUGUCACCAGCAACAGCAGCAACAAUAGCAUCAGCAAUGUAACAAAUAGUGGGGCUAUGGUACGCAAGCUUGCAGGAAGCAACUUACCCUCUGGGUCUUCACCUGCACAGGGUGUGUGCACCUCUAAGAUGUGCAUGAUAGUGUGGGGUCCUAGCAGUUUGGGUAUUCAUUUGUCCACUCCCACCCGAAGGCCAGGCAUGGGAGGCAGCACAGGGGUGGCCCACACAAGCGACGGACAGCUCAGCAGGGAGGAGGUUGAGCGUCGACUGGCAGCGCGGCAGCCCAUGAACGACUUCACGACCACAGUCUCUCUAACCCUGCCAAACCAGCUGUUCUCCGACAACAUUAUGGAAGGAGACUUCAUGGAAGAGGAAGUCGAGACGUCACCAAGCUAUGUUGAGGAGGAUGUCACCGUGGAUUAUGACUGAUGUUGAAGUGUAUAUAUGAGGAAUGCAUCUAAAAAUAAAAUGAAAUCUUAGGUCUGGUGUGUAGCAUAUACAGUUAGGCAUAUGUGAAGUUGUAUGACAGAAGAUUUCAAGGUAUAGGUAUUAUGCAAAACAUUACUUCACUGGUGGAGUUUUUUUCCCUUUCUUUUUUUAUUCAUAGAUGUUUCUUUUUCUGUCUUCCUUUUUCAGAGCUUCAUUCUGUCCAUUUCUGUACAGUGUAUGAUUAAAUGGAAGUCAGGUUG